AUGGCUUAUCUACGACUACCCCCAGAGCUUCUGCUCAUGGUCAUGAGGCAAGUCGAUCAUGGCGAACGGUAUUCCGCCGCACAGAAGUCGCUUCGUAAUGCUAUAUUGGUGAACCACGAAUGGGCUGAAGCCGGCACCGAUAUACUAUGGAAAUCUCCAACAGCAACAGCAUUGGCUGCUGUGUCGCCAGACCGAAGACAAUACUACGCGAACAAAAUAUCCGAUCUCUGUUUCGAAGACGUAGAGGAGGGUGUACAUCAUGCGACGUUCAAGGGUCUGAGUUUUCCACGCCUAAAGACUGUCUACAUCGAGAGAGUUAAGCUUAAGAAACAUGCAAAGUUAUACUUGACCCAGUAUAUGCAACCGCAGUUGAGGACAUUCUAUUUCAUGGGAGGUGGUCUUUGCGAGAACGCACUCACGACCCUAGCAUCAAACUGUCCUGCACUCGAAGAGUUGACUCUUGACGACUCGAUCGACGCCUCCAACCACGUCCGCCAUCUCAAGUUCUUGAAAGAUUGCAAAUCUCUGGAGGUCAUUUGUCUUGGCUACGGUUGGAGUGAACUCAUAACGCCGGAGCUAUUUGCAGGGUUGGUCGGUCAUGAGAGACUGGAAAAGCUGGACAUCAGACCCCUGGUAGAAGACUACACAAUACAGGAAGCUCUAAGCAUGACUUCCAACCCUUUCUGCAACCUUCACAAUCUCCACCUGAGAUUGGAGUCACAAUCUGUCGCACGUAUUGCUUCUAUUGCUCCAUCCUUGGCGAUACUGUUCUUGAUCAUCGAGGACUCUGAGCACGAUGCACUAGCAAGCCUCGAACCGCUGUCGAAUAUGAUACACCUCGAGCUGACAUUCCUGGAUGACACUGAGCUAUCUCCACAAGGUUUCCGUGCUCUGGAAAACAUGAAAGGACUCGAGAAUCUCCUGAUAGAAUCGAGGGGAGCACUAAUUGAUGCAAUUUGGAUGGACGAUCAUCUUUUCGCUGAGUUCAUGUCGAAUCUACCGAACUUGACCAACCUCGACUUUAAGUUGGACAGUGUCAUUACCGCCGAAGCACUCACUUCCCUUGCUAAAUCUCAUCCGACUAUGGACAGCCUUGAUAUCUUUGGCGAAUUCGAUCUUAGUGAUUGGGCAAGGCUGACUCAACCUCUGUUCCCUAAUUUGCUAAGGCUUGUCCUUGAGAGACCACUUUUCGAAGGCCGCACGAGAAGGUAA